AUGGCAAAUGUUGAGAUAAUUACACAAGAGUUGGACUACACGAUGAGGGAGUGGAAAGAAAGAAAAGAAGCGUUGAAAAAGUUUGAGGAAGGGGAGGAAGAGCAUAAAAGACAUGCUAGAGAAGUUGAAGAGGCUGGAUGUACGGGAGGAACUGUGAAGCAAGCAGGUAGCUUUAUUGCAAGAGAGGCAAACUGCUCCUCAGCCAGAUUGCAACAGUGGCACAUGAGGUGGAUCCAGCAGCAACAAUCUAGGGAGGAUAAAAAGCGAGCACAACAAUCAGUUGCCUAUUUAAUUCUGGAACAGAUUGCAAAAGUUUAUGACAUGAAAGUGAUUUUAGACAAACAGAAUGGUGGAAAUGUAGGACAGAUCUAUGCAGACCUUCACACUUAUGAUGAACAAUUUCACUUGCAAGGUUCAGCACUGAUUAGGAUGAGGGCACCAACACCUUACAGUCUUACCUAUGCGCAUAAGAUCAAAAGGGACCUGGCAGAGAAGGCGAUGGAAUGUGCUAUCCAGAAUUAUAACUUUGCUAAACAAUUUUUUGGGUUGGCAGCCCUGGAUCAAACCAUGCCUGUAAACAACAAUAUUCACUACUAUAGCUUUGGCACUGAUGCAUUACAAUGGUGGAUUUAUAAAGAACGUCUGAAAAAUAAUAGAAUUGCACAGUUUGCAGUUUCAACUAAAAGCUGCUGCUGCCUCGCCUUUGAUAUUUUCCUACCAUCGCCUUUUAAUAUGCCAGUAUUGAUCACAUCUGCUAAAGUGUCAAUCACAAUCGACAAGAUAGCUAGCAUUGGAUAUUCUUACCUUGUCUUUCUGGGAUCAUUUUCUAAUUCCUUGUGCGCAGUGAAAGUUGAACGACAAGAAGGGAUAGCCAAAAGAGAAGCAGGUGUUCUCAAGCAUCUUACUGGUGUUUGCAGAGUACCAACACGGAACUCGUCAAUAGAUACAGUUUAUACAAGGAAUGUCCAGCAUGUUGGAAUAUCGCUUCUAGAUACACUUGUCAAAGCAACAGCCACUACAGCAUUUGCAAGCAAAGAAGAACCUGAUACUGUUACGGGAAUAGCGGCAUUUAUGAAUAAAAUUUUAAUGAUGCGGCGUGGGGGAAAUCUGCCUUGGAAGAAAUAUGGUUGUGAAGUCAAUGAAGCAGUGGAUAGACUCGAUUUAUUACAUGAAGCUAUGAUCAGUCUUUCAGACAAUGAUGGUGUAGAAUUAUUUGUGGCAUGGGCUCG